CGCCACAAUGGCAUUUGUCUGUUAUAUCUUAUAAAAAUGGAAGAAAUUGAAGUGGUUAAGCAUGAUCCAGUAGAACGUACUGACACGGAGGCUACCCUUUGUGAUGACAUCAAAAUCCAAAAAAACGCACGCCGUGCAACUAUCCUUGCAUUUUGCAAGAGAUAUAGCGCCCUCAUCAUUGCCUCUGUAUCAUCUGUUCUUUUCAUAAUUACGUUCGUUGCUAUUGCACUUUCAUCUGGCAGUGCUACGAUUACCAAAAAUAAGGCUAUUUUGGUCGAGGCUUUCAAGAACAUCCCGUUCGUUAACCAUGUUACCAUCGAGGGUUGCGAGGAGGAAGACUACCCCCUAUUGAUUGCAGAAGUUAUGCAUUAUACUGCUAUUCAGUUUGAUGCCGAUGAAGAAGCUGCUACCUAUGUUGAAUUCAAUAGCUUCAACGAGAAAUAUAACAAGAAACAUACUUCAUGGAAACACAAGAAGCAGUGCUUCAUUAACUUCAGGGGUAAUGUAAGUUCUAUCAACGAACAUAAUGCCAGGGAGGAUAAGACCUUUACCAAGGAAAUGAAUCAUAUGGGUGAUUUGUCUGCUAAGGAAUUUCUGGAUAGGUACACCAAGAAGGUUGAAAUUCAAUUCCCCGAGGUACCAGCUAAUCACGCCUGGAAUAAUGUUAGGCCGAUGGCGCUUGACUUGAGAAAGCGUGAUUUCAUGACCCCUGUUAAGGAUCAAGGUGAAUUUGGUUGUUCAUGGGCCUAUUCUGCUACUGCCAUUGCUGAGUCAUAUCACAAGUAUAACCGUAAUAUUGACAUAUCCUUGAGUGAGAAACAGCUAAUUGAUGGUGUUAAGGAAUCUGGUUCAACCCCUGUAAACAAUCCAUUCUUGGGAUACAAGUACAUUAAGGAUUUAGGACUUGUCGAGUCUUCCACCUAUGAGACCGACGUUGAAAUCACUGAUGCUCCAAGAUACACUAUUGGAUCAUACUCUUACACAUUCAAUCCUGAUCUCGUAAGUCUUCUCUUCAACUCUGGUCCGCUCACAAUUGCAGUUUCUGUCAGUGAGGAUUGGCAGUUCUACAAAAGCGGUACCAUUAACAAGUGCGGUGCCGAAUUGAACCACUUUGUGACAUUGGUUGGUGUUGGAUUUGAUCGUGAAUCUAACUAUUGGAUUAUUAAGAACUCAUUCGGUGCUGAGUGGGGUGAUGAUGGUUAUAUCAAACUCCUUAGGGGAAAUCCGGAAGAAGCUGAUGAUUGCGGCGUAGCUUCGUUUGCCAUGUACAGCGUAUAAGAAUUAAUGUUUUGUGGAAUGAAUUGUGAAUAGCUGGGCGUACUAGAAUGGGUAGUUCAGUUGAUACUCAAUAUGCGCGAUUGUAUAUCGUACGACUAUGAUUUGAUCGGGUGUUAGGACAUAGUCUUGCGAUAUCUACGUGAUGGCGAAGGUGUUGCUGGCGUUCCGUCUUCACAUACUGAUUUAUCAGAUAUCACGAUACCUUGGAUUCUUCAGUUAAUUUGUGUACAUAU